AUGCUACUCAACAAGUUCCCUUUACAUCUUCAACUAAACACCUCUUUUAAAGAUGAGGAUAUCGUCAUGAAGGAUCCAUUAGGCACCCCUAUAGGAACUCCUACAGGUGUUCAAACUCCAACGGAUCAAGUCAAUUUCAACAACUUACAAUGGUUUAAUGAACAAGGUGGUGGUGCUCCAAAUCCUCCAAGAUAUGGUAGAACAGCUUCAACUUCAAGUAUUGCUAGUUCAGUUUCAAAUUUCUCCACAAAUAACAACAAUAAUGAUUUCAGUUAUUCUAAUUUUGCAUCUCAUUAUAAAUUAACUGAUUUAUUUGAAAAAUUAUUAAUGGAUACGUAUCUAAAUUAUCAAAUGAAUCCAACUAUUACCCCUUUCAAUGAAAAUAACCCACCAUAUGGAGUUAUAAAUAAAGUAUCAAAAGAAGCAUUACAAAAAGCAAUGGAUGAUAAUAUUGAAGUUGGUAUAGAAAUCAAUAACUAUUCAUUAACCAUAAUACGCCAAAAACUAUUACAAAUAUGUCAUCAAAACACAGUAUCAACACCAACAGGUUCAAGACAAAAUAGUUUCCAAGGUGCAUUAAAUUUACAAUCAAAAUUUAACAAUAUACCUUCAGGUUUCUCCACACCAAAUAAUAUCUCCACAACUCCAAUGAAUGAAUAUUUCAAUUUUGAAGUACCUCCACAACAACAAUUACAACAACCUGCUCAAUUUUCUCAACAACCUGCUCAACAAUUACAACCUUCUUUUGAUACAUAUGCUCCACCUCCUCCACAAAAUAGAUUGGAAAGAUCAGAUUCAAAUGCUAGUUGUGGUUCUGGUGUGAUAAUACCGGAUCUAUUCAAUGCCACUAGUAAUAGAAAGAGAGAAAGUUUAAGAUUGAAAAGAUCUGGAAAUAAAAUCACUUAUAAUUAA